GUUUUUGUGAGCUCCGGAGAAAUAUUCAAUUUUUUAUAUUAAUCAUUUUGACAAUAAUUUAAUUAUUAAAACCAAGCAUGGGAUUGAGAACGGAUUUUCUAUUGACAAAUUUGUUCAAAUGUGUCAGGACAUAUUCAACUUUCUCAACACAGAAAACAUCUUGUGGGUACAAAUAUAAUAUUGUUCAACCUUACCCAGUUUCACAUCAAUUAACUGUUGGUAAGGAAGUGGAGAAGCCUGAAUAUUGGGAGUCAGGAAUACCCAGUCAAGGACCAAAAGAAAUUGAAAUAAAAACUAAAGAACUAAUUAAUACCAUGAAAGAUACUUGUCAAUUGGCUAAGACAAUUUUAAGCUCUGUGCGAGAAUUUAUUAAGGCUGGUAUAACAACAGAUGAUAUUGAUAUCUUUGUCCAUAGACAUUGUAUUGAUCAUGGAGCCUACCCAUCUCCUUUAAACUACCACCAUUUUCCAAAAUCUGUAUGUACAUCAGUGAAUAAUGUAGUGUGUCAUGGAAUCCCGGAUAAAAGACCUCUUCAAGAGGGAGAAAUGUUGAAUGUGGAUGUGACCGUUUACCGAAAUGGUGUACAUGGUGACUGUUCUGCAAUGUUCUUUGUUGGAGAAGUCGAUCCAGAUGCCAUUAAGUUAUCUAAUGCUACUAAAGAAGCAUUGGAAGCUGGUAUUGCAGCUUGUAAACCUGGUCAACCAUUUUCUGUGAUAGGUAAAGUAAUUGAGCAAGUUGCGAAAGAAAAAGGUUAUGCUGUUGUUCCUGCUUUUAUAGGACAUGGUAUUGGAUCUUAUUUUCAUGGACCUCCAGAUGUAUACCAUUUUGAUGUUUCAGGAACAUCUAGGGACGAGGGGUUUAUCAUGAAACCUGGAAUGACAUUUACUAUAGAGCCAAUAUUAAGUGAAGGAGGAACUGAUGUAACGAUAUUAGAAGAUGAUUGGACUGCAGUUACCGAUGAUGAUUCAAGAACUGCUCAGUGGGAACAUACAGUUUUGAUAACAAAACAUGGUGUUGAAAUUCUCACUUAAAAAGAAAUAUUGAUUAAGCAAUUUUUUACCUACCUUGUUUCUAUGUAUGAAAAAAUGUAUCAAGGUAUACAUAUACCUUGAGUUACACUUUUCCCCCAACAUAACAUAUCCCUUUUGGUAUUAAUUUAUAGUAUCAAGUUGCAUGGUUUUCAUCUUAAAAUGUUUCGACUUACAUGGGACAAAUUAAUCAGAGGUGUUAUUAUUACUUAUUUUGUUAAGGUAAUAUCCUUGAUCUUAGGGGUCAUUUUCUAAUCUAAAUAGCGCAGCAUUGGAAUCAAACACGGUUGGUAUUUUGUAGGAGGAGAAUAAACUGGAACUCUUAAUUAUAGACUGGCUUAUUUCCAACUCAAUCAUCUCCUUAUGCAUAUCCAUAUUAUUUCUUUUAAUGAUCUAUAAUUGAAGAGAAUAAAAUUCAACUUAUCGUGAUGAGAAAACACAAUAACUAAACCCACUUAAGAAUCCUACAAUGUUUUAUUGCCAGUAUGGGGUUAUUUUUAAAUAUAAUUUAAUGAUAUUUAUAUAUAUUUAAAAUAUUAUAUUUUUUCAAUAUAUUAA